AUGGCUGAAUAUGGUGGGGAAGGCGAAGGCGAUAAACGGCUGAUGGAAACGAUGCGAAUAAUGUUAAGGGAGGAGAUGAAUGAGGGACUACAUGAUUAUAGCAUUGGACCGGUUCACAAAAGAGAUGAAAAGGCGAAAGACAUAGAAGCUGAGUACCAGGAGAAAUAUCGAGGUGUGCAUGGACUGUCAGCACAGACUGUUAGAGGGAAACAGGACAUAGAAUCGAUCACAAUGUUCGGCAGUGACACUAUAAUAUCCAACACAGAGGCAGGUGUGCAUGAACUGUCAGCACAGACAGUUAGAGGGAAACAGGACAUAGAAUCGGUUAUAAUGGACGGCAGUGACACUAUAAUAUCCAACACAGAGGCAGGUGUGCAUGAACUGUCGGCUCAGACACUUAGGGGAAAGCAAAACAUAGAAUCGGCCACAAUGGAAGGAAGUGACACUAUAAUAUCCACCACUGAGGCAGGUAUGCAUGAACUGUCAGCACAUACAGUUAGAGGGAAACAUGGCAUAGAAUCGGUUAUAAUGGACGGCAUUGACACUAUAGUAUCCAACACAGAGGCAUGUGUACAGGAGUUGACAGCACAUAUAGUUAGAGGAAAACAUGAAUUAGAAGCAGUCAUAAUGGACGGCAAUAACACUAUAAUAUUCAACACAGAGCGAGGUGUGCAUGAACUAAAAGCACAGUUUGCGAGAGAGAAAGAUAACAUACACUCGGAUUUAAAGGCCAUAAAAGAGGAAAUUGUGGCUCAAGCAAAAAGUAAUUUCAGAGAUUCCAAGACAAAUGGUGACGACGUGUACUAUUUGCAAUGCAAAGUCGAACAAAACCCUGGCGCAGAUGCCAAUCACUAA